AUGGGAGAUUUUCUGGGGGGUGGAUUUUUUUUUUGUUUGUUCCAUUUUUUAACUUAAUUUAAUUUUUCAACGAGUUAUUUUUUAUAGGUGCUGAGCACAACUGUUAAACCCUCAGGACUGACUUUGGACACCUCCCCAAAGCUGGCCUUGUGUGUCUUUUAUGUUUGAUAUCUUUGGGGUUCACACAUCCACACUAAGUGCGGUUCACAGCAACAGAUACUUUGAGAAACCUGCUGGGUGAAGCAGGCCUUUUACAAACUGACGUUGGCCCAAAAUCUGCCUCAGUUCAGCUGGAUUGGAACACGUCUCUAUCAAAGGAGUGGUUCACACCUGAUUUGCCCAGAGACCCCAGGGGAGGUGUGGCAAGAUAGGGUAAGUAGGAAUCAACAACAAUAAUGUUAAAGGUAAGGGUGACAGACCUUCACCUUGCAGGUCAACAAGCCUGUUCUGUUCAUUCCCUCUGACGCAUCUGGCACUGGUCACUCUCAGGCAGCACACUGGGCUCGUAUGGCCAGUCUUGCGUUCUUAUGUAAGCCAUCUAUGCCUGGUCUACACUGGCAAGUUUCUGCUCAGUAAAGCAGCUUUCUGCGGUGUAAGUCCCGAGGUGUACACACGGCCAAGCCACUUAGUGAGCAGAAACUGUGAAGUUGCAGUGCUGUAAAAAUACCACCCCAAUGAGAGGCCUAGAGCUUUCUGUGCAAAGGCUACAGCAUCGUGGUGCCAGUGUAGACACCCUUGUUGAUUACAGCGCUGCGAUUGGCCUCCAGGAGGUGUCCCACGAUCCCUGUUCUCGCCUCUCUGGUCAUCGGUUUGAACUCUACUGUACCGCCCGUAGGUGACCAACUGUGAACCCCACACCUUAAAUUCCUUGGGAAUUCUGCAAGUCCCCUUCCUGUUGGCUCAGUGACGCAUGCAGUGGUCUCAGCGCAUCUUUCCAGAUGACCACGCCUGCUCCACGCAUCAGGCGAUCCCCAUCUUGGAGCAAUGUUGAGCUGCUGGACCUCACCAGCAUUUGGGGAGAGGAGGCUGUCCCCUUCCAGCUGUGCUCCAGCCAUAGGAAUUAUGGUACGUAUGGACAGAUUUCACGAUGCAUGGGAGAAAGGGGCCAUCACUGGGACACACUGCAAUCCAGGGUCAAAGUGAAGGAGCUGUGGAAGGCCUACUCCAUGGCGCGGGAGGCAAACCACCACUCUGGUGCUGCACCCAUGACCUCCCAGUUCUACAAAGAGCUGGAUGUGAUACUCGGUGGUGACCCCACCUCCACUGCGAAGUCUAGUGUGGAUACGUCGGUGGCUCACUUGCCAGUUGAGAGUGGACUGAGCCAGGAGGAGGAAAUCUUGGAUGAGGAGGUGGAGGGAGACCCAGAGGCAGAUGAUGAGUCAGAGGUCAGAGAUGCAUGCAGAAAGGAGUUCUUCUCUACGCCGGAGGAAGCUAGCCAGUCACAGCUGUCGGAGCUUGGUGAAGUGCAAACAGGAGAGGAGGCCCCUGGUAGAGAGGCCAGACAGAAAUCCAUCUUCUCCAACCAUCGUAAUUCCAGUCUCCAAUAUUGCAACCAGUAUAGAUGUGGUCUUCAGGAACACCCCACGCACUUUGGCCGAGCUUCUCUGCCAGACGAGAAAGCGCUCAAGAUGAAGAACAGAUGACAUGUUCCGGGAGGUCAUGCAGUGUUCCAGUGCAGACAAAAGGAAACAAAAGCAGUGCUGGGAAGCCGAACAGCAGGACAGAAAAGAGAAUCAUGCAUUUGUUAAGGAUACUACUGAGCGGAUAAUUAAAGUAAUGGAGGAGCAAACACAGAUGCUGAAGUCCUUAAUAGAGCUGCAGCGUCAGGAGAUCAGCACUCCACCUUCACUGCAACACAUUCAGAACUCUUUCCCCUGCCCCCCCAACUCUGCCCACACAUUCCUUUCCACCUUUUGUGACUUCUCAGUUUCCCCUUCACUCCACCCCCUCGGACAACUUUCACAGUGAGAGCUGGACCUACACACAGCUGUGAGAGUCUGGCCUUCCCUGGUUCCUCCUUUCCUGCCAAGCAACUGUACGUUCGUGUGUGCUGUUUCUUGUGCAAUGAAAGCAAACUUUUAUAAUGGUAAAUCCUCUUUAUUUUUUUUCCCUAUACGGUGAGAUAGCAGGAAGUGCCAAUACGUUCACAGGCAUUUUAAUCACUUUAUUACAGGAAUCGAAGGCCCCAAAUGUCAC